GGCGGUGGCGCCGCCGGGGGCCGGGAAGCGUCGGCGCAGUCGUGCGGGGCGGUGGCAGCGGCCGUGGGGCAGUGGCGGUGCGGCGGCCAUCAUGUCGCGGGAGUUCGAGCUGUGCCCCGGGCGGCGCGUGGGCGGCGAGCAGCCCUGCUUCAUCAUCGCGGAGAUCGGGCAGAACCACCAGGGCGACCUGGCCAUCGCCAAGCGCAUGAUCCGCAUGGCCAAGGAGUGUGGCGCAGACUGUGCUAAAUUCCAGAAGAGCGAACUGGAGUACAAGUUCAACAAGAAAGCCUUAGAAAGACCCUACACCUCUGAACACUCCUGGGGAAAGACCUAUGGGGAGCACAAGCGUCACUUGGAGUUUAGUCAUGAGCAAUAUAGAGAGCUAAAGAAGUACGCAGAGGAGAUUGGCAUUUUCUUCACAGCUUCUGGCAUGGAUGAGAUGGCUGUGGAAUUUCUACAUGAACUCAAUGUUCCAUUUUUCAAAGUAGGAUCAGGAGAUACAAACAAUUUUCCAUAUUUGGAAAAGACUGCAAAGAAAGGUCGCCCAAUGGUGAUCUCCAGUGGGAUGCAGUCGAUGAACACAAUGCACCAGGUUUACCAGAUUGUGAAGCCCAUCAAUCCAAACUUCUGCUUCCUGCAGUGCACCAGUGCAUACCCACUUCAGCCAGAGGAUGUCAAUCUACGUGUUAUAUCGGCAUACCAGUCAGCUUUUCCGGAUAUCCCCAUUGGCUAUUCAGGGCAUGAAACUGGCAUAGCCAUUUCAGUGGCAGCUGUUGCUAUGGGUGCUAAAGUAGUGGAACGCCACGUGACUCUUGACAAAACGUGGAAAGGAAGUGACCACCAAGCAUCCCUGGAGCCAAAUGAACUGGCAGAGUUAGUGAAAGCCAUCCGUACUGUGGAAAAAGCAAUGGGUUCACCAAUCAAACAGCUCCUGCCCUGUGAAAUGGCUUGCAAUGAAAAGCUGGGAAAAUCUGUUGUGGCCAAAGUGACAAUUCCUGAAGGUGCAGUACUGACACUUGACAUGCUGACAGUGAAGGUGGGAGAGCCUAAGGGAUUUCCCCCAGAAGCCAUCUUUGAUCUGGUGGGCCAAAAAGUUAAAAAAAAAAUCGAAGAAGAUGAAACCAUCACUGAGCAAGCAGUGGAAAACCAUGUCAAAAAAGUGAAGUGCUAAACCAAAGCACUUGAUUCCAUAUUUCAUGAUGAAGUACUGCACUACUGCACAACGUUUUAAGUACAACAGCAUGGUAGAUUAGAAGAAGGGGAUAUUAUUAGGAUCCAAGCAAGUUAGAAUUUUCAAGUUCUUAUUAGCAGGAAGUUUCUGAAACAAGGGGAUAUAAAUAAUGAAGACUAAUUUUAUUAGAAACCAUAUAGCAUUGUGUCUAGAAAAUACCAUGCUCCUCCUUUCACCAUUCCACUUAAUUUAUGCUAAUUUGGAGUUUUGCCAAAUCUAAGAUCACAGUCUGCUGCUUUCCAGCUUCCCUUUUCUGGGAAGAAUAUAAUACAUCACAAUAAUUUUGCUACGCUUUAAAUGGUCCUAACCCUGUAUCUUUUGAUGUUCCUCUCUUUCUGUCAUUUUCCUCACCCCUGUGAUAACAGCAUGUUAGCUGGAGUUGAAUGCAGAUAAGCGAAAGUUUACAUACACUGAACAGAAAACUACACCACUGAUGUUUUUUUCUCAAGAUGAAAGCCUUAGAAAGUCUCAAGGUAAAGCAGUGGGUUGCAGGAAUCUGCACUCGGGGGAAAACGAGUUCCUUGAGACAGCUACAUUCUCAGGAGAGAGUACCAAGAAUGGAAGCAAACCGGCUAUGUAGAAGGGUCCCAUUUAAGGGGCCAGAGAAAGAGCCUUUUUGCACUUUUUGUGAACUGAAAGGCAAAAGGGCGAGCCAGACAGAGUAAGGGGGGGGAAAAAUAGAUCUGAGAUGGAUCAGUGGAAAUAAACCUAAGCUACGCUUCAGAAAAACAUUAAAUGCAUCUGUUGUGAGCUGAGUGAAGCCUGAAAUCUUAAAUCAAUUCUGCAGGGCAUUUGGAUACCUCUAUUUGUAGCUGGGGGCAACAUCCCAGGUAGGAAGCCAAAUGCUGGUGAAAAUUCAGUAGCCUCCUUCCUGUAUUAACAAGCAAAUACAUUGGGUUGGGUUUUUUUUCCCCCCGACACUAGUGUCCAAGGGAGCUGAGACUGGCUGCCUGACUAGAUCACAUCACUAGGUUUCAGCAUGAAGGUCAGUGCUCCUCUUGUGUGCUCUGCCCUUGCAUCACUUUUCAACACAGAUGUGCCAUCCCACUCCUGUCAGCCCGCUGCUCUUCCCUUUGUCCAGGAAGGAGCCACAUAGCAGCAGCUGCAAACAGGCAUCCCUCAAUUAGCUUAGGUUAGUGCUGAACUGCUUUGAUAUAACUAAUCUGUGUUUUUCUCUGGUGGAAUGAUUUAUUAGUGAUGUUUAUUUGGAACUUGCUACCUCUUGGUCACGAGUUGAAGUAUGUUGAAUUUGGUGGUGGUGCUUCUGUACCUGUGAGCCGUUCACUUUCAAAAUGUUUAUCGUUCUGCAAUUCUGAGGAAACUGUAUUCAUAUCUUUAAACUGGAAAGCAGAUAUUCUUUGAAUCAUGUGCUUGACCGUAUAUAGGAGCUCUGAUUGACGCAGUAUACUUGCCUUACAUUAAAAAA